GUUCCGCACCCGACGGCCCAGCCCAGCCAAUCUGCAAUCUCAAAUUACAAUCUUCAAUCCCACUCCCUCUCCUCUCUCCCUCUUUCUUUCCCGUACAAGAUACAUCCACCAACUUUUUUACUCUUUGCGGGUGAACAAGGUUUUGACCCUUCUAUCUCUGCUAUUCGUCACCCACCUUAGCUCCACUGUUUCCGUCUCACUCUCCCAACCCUUCUCCUUCUCCAUCACUUGCUCAACCUUCUUGUGCGUCUCUUGCUUGCCCUUUGCCAAGAAAGACAAAACGGCUCCAAAGACACACAUCCGCCGUCUAUCCAUCCCCAUCCAUCCUGGCAAUCAAUCAUCAACCAACCCCAGCCAAGCUCUGUCGGGGGACAAUCCAUACCAUCCAUACCACACCACACAUAUCACCAAUAUUCCUAUUCCUUUCCUACGAGAAGUCCCAUGUAACAAUCCCACAUUCCCUCACCAUCCGCCCAUCGUUUUAACUACGGUACACCUAACCUAACUUACGCCCGCAUACGCAUCCAUCUUCAAGACCUUCUCAAUACUGUGCGAGUUUCUCUGCUGUUGCAACGCGCUGCAUGCCCUAAACCUUUCCACCAUCAACGGUCUGGAAAUACCCUUUGCUUUCACCCUUUGAGCUCGUCAUUCCUCUGAAUCUUUCUCGACCACAACCACCCCGAAAGAAAGAAAGAAAGGAAAAAAGAAAAAAAAAGAUCACUGGGUUAGCGCGCUUCGGCCGCGCUUGUCUUGCGUACCUCCACAUUCGCUGCUUCGAUAGCACAGGUUAUCUCUCUCUGAUUGCAUCUGUCCUACCACAGCCCACACAUACCUCACCCCCAUUCGUUCGUCUGGUGUCCGCCUUUUUUUUUUUUUGCUUAACCUCUUUUCUUUUUUGUCGUCGUCGUCGUCCUCUCCUUUAUCAAUUCACCUCCUCCCCCUUCACUGCCAACGUCUUUUCUACAUUCUUUCAUUCAUUGCUUGUAUCACGUAUCACGCUCCGUUCCAUUCUUAGUCCCCCGCCACCCUGAAGCGACGCUCCCAGGAAUUUAUCUUCUCUGUCUCGCACCCCCAAUUCGUUACCAGUACUCUGCUUCCGCUGCCCGCCUUUGUCACGUGCGUCCCUUGAGCUCCUUAUGGCGGGCUCACUGACGUCCGGCCAGGUAAAUCUUCUGAUAUGGAGAUAUCUUCAGGAGUCAGGGUUUAGAGAUUCGGCGAUUUCCUUUCAGCAGGAAAGUCAUACGACUAAGAGCGAUGAUGUUCUACGAUUAACAAACAGGCCGGGUGCCCUGAUACAUUUAAUCCAGCGGGGUCUGCAGUACCUGGAGUGUGCGGCGCUUGUGAAUAAGGCACGUCUCUAGAAAAAAAACGAUCGAGCCAUUUUCAUUAUUUCAUGUGGAAGAUGAGGGAGUUGGGGAAGAGAAUGGACACGUAGAUGAGGAAGGAGAUGAAUCAAUGGGGGUAUCAAAGUCGCCUACCACACCUUCCACGGCAACACAAACCAAUUACUCAAGGAAACAUGGAAGAGAUGAUGGAAUCAAUGGGGUCUCUAAUGCAGGAGCAACUGGUGGCGGUGGUGGCAGCGGCAGUGGAACAUCGCAUAAACGGAGGAAAAAGACAGUUUCUGGCGCUGAUGGUGAUAUGCUGAUGACCGAUGGGUUUCCUGAGACCCCAGUUGCCCUUGCGGAGGAGCCUCGUGUUACCAAUGGGUGCAGUGUUGGCGUGCAGGUGGAGGACAUUGUGGAAAUCACAGUGGUGGAUUCGGUAAUACUGGGGCAGGAGGAUAAGAAUAUUUUGAUUUGUGCAUGGAACCCAAUUCAUUCGAAUGUCCUUGCAACUGCGAGUCAAGAUUCUAUUGCACGGAUAUGGAAUGUGCCGAUAGAUGCCACCUCAUUAACUGCGAUUCAAAACAAAGUUAUUUUGCACGACCCAAGCAGUUCCCCCAACCGAGAUGUUACUGCGAUCCGUUGGAGCCCACAAGGCGACUUGAUUGCUACUGGCUCUUAUGAUGGUCAGACCCGAAUAUGGACUACAGAUGGACUGUUGAGGCACACAUUACCACCACAUCAUGGACCUGUCAUAGCACUGAAGUGGAAUAAGUUGGCGGAAACCUUGUUAUCGCUUUCUUGUGAUGGAAAGGUCAUUGCUUGGGAUGCUUUAACAGGACAGGCAGAAGCAGCAACAGACAUGGACUGGAUAAGUGAAAGGCAGUUUGCAGUCUGUGGUAAUGGAGGAAGUGUUGGGAUUUACGAUUUAGAUCACGAGGGUUCAUUGAAGGCGAAUGCGUCUCAUUCGGGGGAGGUGAACUGUCUGGUCUGGGACGAGUGCUCGGAGAGAUUGGCGAGUGGAGGAGAAGAUGGGGAUGUAUUGAUUUGGGAAAAGCCCACCAAGAUCCUCCAACCCUUCAAAUUCCAUGGACACACCGAGGCCGUAGUAUCCUUGUGUUGGCAACCAAUCUCCUCCUCCUCAUCAUCACCCCAACCAACCAAACGAAUCCUAGCAUCCGCCUCCAACGACUGUCAAGUUCGCCUGUGGGAUGUUGUCUCAAAAACCUGUAUCAACAUUUUGAACUCCCACGACGACCCUGUCGAGAAGAUAUCCUUCUCACCCUCUGGUACCCGACUCGCCAGCAGUGCGAACAGCAGAGUGAUCAUCUGGAACACUGAAACCGGCUCGAUAACACAUGUCUACGAUGGCCUCAAGGGUCGCAGGAAGAAUGGAAAAUUGGUCACAGCAGGCGGGGACACCGAUACGGGAAUUGGAGAUAUUUCUUGGGAUGAGUCUGGGGCUAGAGUUGCGAUUGGCGGGGGCGAGACAAAGGUUCAUGUUCUCACGCCGGCGAGUCCCCCCGCCAUACUAUCACUACAGCAGCAGCAACUACUUAAAUAAAUCCGUGCCAUCCACCUGGCUAGGUGGUUUUUGUUUGUUUCUUUUCAUGGUAUAUCUAUUUUACGAUCGGUACCGUUGAAUUAAUCCAAAGAGCUUUCUCUUAUCCUUUUUUCAAUAUCUUCACACUUUCGUAUUUGUUCUUGUUUGUUUUUACAUUGCGUUAUGUCUAUAUGUUGUGAAAGCGAUAAGUUCUAUAAGGUGUUUGUAUUCUUUUCUCUCAUUUUUGUCUCGUCUUUCCUCGUUAUUCGUCCGGAUUAUUCUACUAUUUACUUACCAAUGGGAGUUAUUUGGUUCUUUAUUUCUUCCUUCUUUCCCUUUUUCCCUUUUUCUCUUUACCUCUCGUUACUACUACUUCUUCCUCGCCCACUUCUUGCGGUGUAGUAUGCUAACAGAUGGAUUACGUUCUGCCUUCUGGCGUAUAUUAUACAAAGUUUCACGGUAUGAUGCGGCGUGUUUGAUGAAAUGAGUCGGGAAAACUUAUCCUAUCUGCUCACUCUUCUACGCUUCUUGUUUCUUUCCUCGUUUGGUCUGGUUCGGACAGGUUUUAUAUAUACAAAUUCUCGGUGUGCUUUCCUUCCUCAUCUCAUACCCCCUCCCUCUUUUUCCACUUCCCUCGAUGCCCUCGAGAUUUUCGCAUGUGACUUAAAAAUUACUCGUUAUUAUGGCUUCCUUCUUCCCAUUAUCCUUCGUUCCUUUUCUUUACUCUGGCAGAUUCACCCAAAUCCUUCCUUCCUACCUACCUACCCGCAAAAAAAAACUAAAACUAAAACUCUUCCUCCACCCCUUUCUAUUUCUAAUCUCCUUCUCCUACCCUUUUCCCUUCUUCCUUAGUUUUUUUUUUGUUUUCUCAUCUCAUCUCUUCCGGGAUUGCUCCUAUGCUCAUUCAUGCUUCCAGGCGCUGAACAUGUACUGUAUAACUAUUAAAACGACCAACUUCACAAGGUUGGUGUGA